AUGUCCACAAUGUCGGAAACUUUAAAAAUGUCAAAAACGGAAAAUUACUGUGGUUAUACGUCUGUUUGUUCGUAUAUAAAACAAUCUCAAGACGAGUGUUCUUUCAGUCAAUUUUUAGACCUUUAUCAAGAAAUAAUUAUAAAAGCUCCACCAAAUCCUAAGAAAUGGAAUAGUUUAGAAGUAGUUUGGAAAGGAAGAUUUUUAAAGGCCAUAAAAGAAGUUAUUCCAGAUAAAUAUGAUGAUAUAUCAGCAAAGGUGGAAUUAGAGACGUCAAAAAGGUCCUUAAUGAAUUAUUGGCAAAAUAUUCUUAUUGAAAAAAAACGAAUAACUGUAUUCAAUAAUCACACAUAUUCUAGCCUAAAAAUAUUGAGUAAGACAGCUAAAAUUAGUGCAAAUAUGAUUCUUUCAAAAUUUUCAAAGGAGUUUAAUCAAGUUGAAAAUGAAGAGGCUCAUAGUCUAGGAAAACAUAAAGUUGGUGAUUAUUUGUCAGAAACUGAGACUAAUGAGACUCAACGAAAGAAAAAGAAGAGAUUACAAAAGGAAAAGGGUGAUGAACAAUCAACCAAUGGUGAACUUGAUGAAAAAGAUGAAUCCGAAACAUCUGAUUCGGAAACAUCACCUAUGGAUCAAAGCUUGAAAAAAUUUGAAACAGCUUAUUUAUCCUUGGAUCAAGAUCGCAUGUGGACAUUGGAGAGUGGUCGAAAGGUGGAAGAAGUCAUUUUUAAUCAUGCAAAAAACCUGAAUGAAGAAUCAUUAUUACACUCGUUCGUAAUUAAUGAUAGUGAUAAGGAUGUUCAAUCAUUGUUUACUGAUGAUGAGUGGUUUGAGAUUAUUACCUCGGAAGUUAAGGCUAAACCAAAGCUUGAACAUAAUGUCAAAGAAUUAAUGAAAAAGUACACUCUUGAAGAUGUCAAGAAAUUACAAAAGGUUGUUUUUGAAUCAUAUUUAUCUGAAGAAGAAGAAUACGAUCAGGAUAUUCAAUUUAAACUUGAUUAUAUAAAUUAUGCCUAUCGAGGAAUGUUAUUUGUAUGGCAAAAUGAAAAGGUUUUCGUAGAUCAUGAAGUGGACGUAUGGAACCGCUUGAUUGAUCCAGCUUUUCAAAAUAUGGACAUUAAGUUAGUACAUGGGGACAUGAGUUUUGCAUCAUGCAAACGAAAAAAUGAAGCAAGAAAAGGAAAACAUAAGAAAAAUCUUGGUCACAAGAGUGAUGGAAUAUUUAGAUUAUGCAGUAGUCAUUUGGAAUUUGGGGCAAUUGAGGUGGAAAAAAGGUGGACAGGUGGUUAUCCGUCUAUUUCUUUAAAAAUUUGCAAAAUGCUCAAAGACAUGGUGACACAACUUUCGGGUGAAUGCAAUGACGAGGAAUCAUAUUUGAGACGAUUACAAUUAGUUGGUAUUAUUCAUGGACCUACCAAAAUUCGAACAAUGGUAAUGGACUGUCCCAAGGGAUAUAUUUCACGCGUUCUACAUCGUAAAGUUUGUGAAGUUUCUAACCAAUUAACCAAAUCCGAACCGCUUGCAUCUGUGCUGAAGGAAAUCUUAGUUGCCAAAGCUAUUAUUAAUCAAACCUUAAAUGUUAUAAGAGAGAAGAAAAAUUCUGUGUUUGAAAUUCAAUGUGCGGAUGUGCGAUAG